GUGGGUGUGGCUUGGGCUCUAUUUAGAAUUAAGAAGAGAGAGAAAUGGAGUUGUCUGCACAAGUGUUGUGUGGUCUGGAGGCACUUGGCGCCCUGCAAGAGAAGACCUUUCAGGCUAUACUAGAGCGCUCUCUUCAAGCAGCCAUUCAGCCAGAGGACAAAGAGCUGCCUGGACAGGAUGAUGGUGUGUGGAAGGAGACUACCUUUGCCCUCUCCACUCUAUUCCUAGAGUCAGCUCGUGUGGACACAGACACCACUACACUCAGUUCUGUACUGGAGGAGGGGAAGAUUGAUAGCAUCAGAUCAAAGGCCAUUGCUGCAUCAUUCUCAGAGAACAAGAGCAAGCUACGUGCAGCUCUAGACAGGCUAAGCUCUGACUCCACCCCUCAUCUAGUGGAUGCUGAAUGGAGACUGGACUACUACAUCAAGAACAACCACACAGAGAAGGUUAACAAGGCAGAGUACCUCAUACAACUAAACACAGAGAGCCCUGACAACACUAAAGCUGUCCAGUUUGCCUGCACACAAGAGCAGCUACAGGAUUUGGUGACAAGCCUCAAAGAUGCUACCAAGAGCUUAGGAAGAAUUGCACAGCAAAACUGACAUUGUAUCUAGUACAUGUGUAUCUUGUGUUAGCCAGGUAUCUGUGUUGUUUUGUGUUUUAUUUUUCCCUGCGGCCUGAAAUCGAGGCCAGUAGUGCAGGGUCUUUUAUUCGAGGUUUGAUCACAUGA